AUCAUUUUCUUAAAUUAAGAAAAAAGUUUAUUAACUAAUAGUAAUAGUUAUCUUCAACCCUGAAAAUUGGAAAAUCGACGGCAAGAUCGAAAAUCACCGACGACAUCUGCAUCCUCCGUUCCAUCUCCGAUCAUACUAUUUCAAUCGAGGAACAUGAUGAGGUUGAAGACAUAUGCUGGUCUUAGUUUGAUUGCAACUCUGGCAAUUGCAUAUCAUGCAUUUAACAGUAGAGGCCAAUUUUAUCCGGCAAUGGUGUAUCUUUCAACUUCCAAGAUUAGUUUGGUGCUUCUUCUCAACAUGGGUUUGGUUAUCAUGUGUGUUUUGUGGCAGCUAACAAAGAAGAUAUUCUUGGGUUCGCUUCGAGAGGCGGAGGUUGAGAGGCUUAAUGAGCAAUCGUGGAGGGAGGUUAUGGAGAUUCUUUUUGCGAUUACUAUUUUUAGGCAGGAUUUUUCGGUUACGUUCCUUGCCAUGGUUACGGCGUUGUUGUUGAUUAAGGCUUUGCAUUGGUUAGCUCAGAAGAGAGUGGAGUAUAUUGAGACUACUCCUACUGUGACUGUGUUGUCGCAUGUUCGGAUUGUGUCUUUUAUGGGCUUCCUUCUUCUUUUGGAUAGUGUUUUCUUAUAUAGUUCUUUGAAGCAUUUGAUAGAAACGUGGCAGGCUUCUGUUUCUCUGUUCUUUGCUUUCGAGUACAUGAUACUGGCAACAACAACAGUGUCGAUUUUUGUAAAAUAUAUUUUCUAUGUCAGCGACAUGCUUAUGGAGGGACAGUGGGAAAAGAAACCAGUCUUCACGUUUUACCUGGAACUUAUUAAGGACUUGCUGCACUUGUCCAUGUAUCUGUGCUUCUUCUUUGUUAUUUUUGUAAACUACGGUAUUCCCUUGCACCUAAUACGGGAGUUGUACGAGACGUUUAGGAACUUCAAAGUUCGCAUUGCAGAUUACAUUAGAUAUCGUAAGAUCACUUCAAAUAUGAAUGAUCGGUUUCCAGAUGCAACCCCCGAAGAGCUUGAAGCAAGUGAUGCAACUUGUAUUAUCUGUCGUGAAGAGAUGAUUGCGGCUAAGAAACUGAUAUGUGGACACCUUUUUCAUGUCCAUUGCCUUCGAUCAUGGCUAGAGAGACAACAUACUUGCCCUACCUGCAGAGCCUUGGUUGUACCAGCCGAAAAUGGAACAACUGCUGCUGGGGGUCAGCAAGGAUCACAAUCUAAUGCUAAUCGACAGGGUCAAACCGAGCUUGGCAGUGGGGGAGCAACUGAUAGUGUGAGUCGCCAUCAAGCUAGACUCCAAGCUGCCGCUGCUGCAGCUUCAAUAUAUGAAAAGUCUUAUGUUUACCCCCCUGCAACUUAUUCUGUACGAUCUCCUGGGUACACUACUUAUCCCCCGGUUGCUGAAUCUAGCAGUAUUGAUCUUAAUGGAGAACAAGCUUCCAAUGAGCAAGCACAACAGAAGUUUCAUAACCCUGGUGGGCCAACAAAUGUACCCUUUCCUCCGAUGGGACAAUCUCUUCCUUCCCAACCACAUGCGGCGCCUUCCAAUUAUGGAGAGAGGAUUGGAAAUGAUCGAAAUUCCCGAAAAAUUGAGUUUGAAGCUCAUAAACAAAUGUUUCAAGAACAGAUUGAGAUUCUGCAAGAACAUAUACAGAAACUGGAGACCACCUAUGCUGAAGAUGACGGCAUGCCAUCAUCAGAAAGCAGAGGCAAGCUUAGCGUUUCCUCGGAGAGUCAAGAGGGAGAAGCAUAAAGUCGAUUGUUUAUGUCGGGUCUAUACCAGGAGAAUACAACAGUUGGGUGGUUUUAUACCAGGAGAAUACUAAAUGUAGAUAUAGAAAGAGGAAACUAGGGGAAUAACAGUAUUGCUCUAAUGUGACAUCUGUUCUUUGGGAUACUGAUAUUGUAAAUGCACAGUUCCCCUUAAAAUUGAUUUCUUUGUUUUUUUUUUUUAAAUGCCAGAUGAAAAAAUUGCCGAACAUUUUGUCAUAAAUAACCAUAAAAUGUGGUGGCUUCUCGGUUAUAAAUGACAUGUAUAUGUUUAGUAAUGUGAAUAGUUCCAUAUGAUUAGAGAGAUUUUCUAUUAAUCUGUCCAUUUUUCA